CGGAAAUAUAUUUUACUCAUAUAGAGAAGGAGUGAUCCACAAAUUUCAGCUAAAGGAAGGACGCAUGUGUAAUUUUCUCACCAGACGAGAAUACUUUCCUUUAAAUUCCUCCCUUGGCCGAGCUCUCGCUUUCUCUUUCCAAAUCAAUGGAUCCUUCAAUUUUCAAACUCCUCGAAGAAGACGAGGAUGAAUCGAUGCACUCGGGAGCUGAUGUGGACGCGUUCCAGGCCGCUCUGAAUCGAGAUAUUGAAGGCUCUACGAACCCUCCUGGAAACACCCAUUCUCCCAACCAACACUUCACAGCUACAUGGAAGAAUGAUAUAGGAGAUGCCAGUAUGAAUCUCCAGACGCAGCACAGCCUUGACAGCACUCAGAUGAAGGAUCAACAUGGAUCGGCUUUAGACGGUCAACACCAACAUGAUUUAAAACGUGCAAAUGAACCUCAAGACCUUCAUCGACCAGGUCAGCAUUGGGACAAUCCUCCGCAGGUGCCCCAAACAUCUGGGUUGCAGAUUUCUGAAAAGAACCCUACUGGUAAUGAACCUGAAAGACCGCAUAAUCAAGAGAGUGAAUCUCAGUUUCUUAAACUGCAAAAGAUGAGUAGUCAACAGGCUCGUGGAAUGGAACAGCCUCCUGUUAAUCCUCUGAACCGCAACCCUAAGCAAGUUCCUUUUGCUGCUUUGCUUCCUACCUUAAUGGCCCAACUCGACAAAGACAGAGCGCUGCAGCUCCGUACCCUUUAUUCCAGACUUAAGAAAAAUGAAAUCCCCAAAGAAGGGUUCACCCGACAUAUGAAGGAUAUUGUAGGCGAUCAGAUGCUUAGGCUAGCAGUUAGUAAACUACAGCAGGUGGGUUAUAACCAGGGAAAAAUGGGAAUUCAAGCUCCUUCUACUGAAAUUAAUAAUCAAAAGUCUCAGUCUGACCCUCGUGGAGUCGUCCACCUUAACCAACUAUCUUCGUCAACAAGCAGUUCAGUUCCUGUGCAGGGGCUUACCAAACAUCCGCCGCACCAAAUGCAGCUUCCACCAAGCUCUUUUCCCAUGUAUACCAGCUCCGGUAAUAUUCACUCAUUCAACACCAAUGUUUCUGGUUCCCCAUUGAGACCACACCUUCAUGAUCCCCAUAUGAGACAUGUGGCGCAUAACCAGACCAUGGGAUCAUCUGGUCUUGGAGGACCGCCACAGUCUACGACAAACAUGAUGACUAUGCCCAAGUUUGAGAGGCAAACUUCUGUCAAUGAUCCUAGUAGGGUUCAAGGUGGCGCUACAUCGCACUUCCAAAACAGCUCAUCACUGCCACCUGGUCAAGGAUCAUCAAUGUCCAAUGUGAAGCAGGAAUCAGUUGAUCAAAGUUUUGAACAGAAGAAUGCAGCCUCAGGGGCUUCGAAGGAGGAUUUAGAGAAGGACUCCUCUAGAAACAUGGCGCAUGCAAGCUCUGUUUCUCCUUCUUCCAUCACAACUCAACUAGACGCUAGCACAGCAAUGAAUUCUCGUGGUCCAUUGGGUACGUCUCAAGCAGGAGUUAAUGCUAGGAUGCCACCCAAAAAGCCUUUUGUUGGUCAGAAGAAACCUCUUGAGACUUCAUCGUCACCACCAAGCAAGAAGCAAAAACUGGUCCCGAAUUCUAUGGAUCAAAGUAUUGAACAGCUCAAUGAUGUCACUGCAGUCAGUGGUGUUAAUCUCAGGGAAGAGGAAGAACAAUUAUUCUCUGGGGGAAAGGAGGAUGGUCGUGUUUCUGAAGCAUCUCGGAGAGUUGUGCACGAAGAGGAAGAAAAACUAAUUUUGCAGAAAAUUCCUCUGCAGAAAAAGCUGGCUGAAAUUAUGGCAAAAGUCGGCUUAAAGCAGAUAAGCAAUGAUGUUGAACGGUGCUUGUCUUUGUGUGUGGAAGAAAGGAUGCGAGGACUAUUAUCUCAUAUAAUUCGGUUGUCCAAGCAGCGAGUUGAUACUGAGAAAUCUAGACACCGGACUGUUAUCACGUCAGAUGUUCGGCAGCAAAUCAACGAAAUGAAUCAGAAGGUGAAAGAGGAAUGGGAGAAGAAACAGGCUGAAGCAGAAAAGCUUAAGAAACCGAGUGAGAGUGAAGAAGGUGAUGGUGGAGUUGAUAGUGAGAAGGAGAAAGAAGAUAACCGUUCAAAGGGUUUGAAGGGAAAUAAAGAGGACGACGACAAAAUGAGAACGACAGCUGCAAACGUUGCUGCUCGUGCUGCUGUGGGAGGAGAUGAUACGUUUUUAAAAUGGCAAUUAAUGGCAGAAGCACGUCAGAAAUCUGUAUCUGAAUCUGGUAAAGAUGGGACUCAGAAAGCUACUUCAAGUGGAGGAAGAACCUCCAAGGACAAGCAAGACAGUGGGCGACGGUUUACUGGAGUUGGUGGUCGAAGAUUAGGGAAGAACCAAGGUUCGUCGCUUCAACCAAAAGUGGUGAGGACAAUCUCGGCGAAGGAUGUGGUUGCUGUCCUGGAAAGAGAGCCUCAGAUGUCUAAAUCUAUUCUAAUGUAUCGAUUACUUCAAUAGGAAGCUUCAUUAUCACAGAAUUGUUAUAUUUACUUCAAUAGGAAAGCUUCAUUAUCACAGAAUCGUUAUAUUUAUAAGCUUCUGAUGAUAAUUUAAUCGUCAAGACACCAAA